GUACCGCUGGCUAAAAAUAGUCCGUCCAUCCAACACAGGCUAUUCUACGGAAUGCGCAAAGGAGGCGGCCCACUGGGCGUGAUUUUCGGUUCGGGCGGAGAAACGGAAAAUUUGGGUUUCUCCGAACGGCCGACACAUCCGCUGCGAAGCGAAGGCAAAAGCGCAAACUAGCAAACCUCACAAAUUUAGCAACUCAAACCAAGAAAACACCAAGCCACAACAACAGAAACCCCAGCAACGUAAAAAUCAGCAGCAUCAUGUCCUUGGCACCUGACUAUGAAACUCGCGCUCAGAUGAACGACUUUGCCUCCCCCAAAGAGAUAGUGGACGCGUUGGCAAGACCCGGCACGGUAGUUUUGGAUGUGAGGACCGAAGACGAGAUAGCAGAGGCCAAGUUGGAGACUCCUGACUCUGUCCAUUGGACCAAGACUGGGUGCAGCCGAACUCAGUGCCCUGCUCUAGAAACUGAUCCCAGUCAAUUCGUAAAAGACAAGAAUGCCACUGUGAUUGUCUACUGUGCCAGUGGAGCUCGUGCCAACCGAGCCAAGAUUACCCUGGAGAAGCAAGGAUACACCAAAGUCUUGAAUGGAGGCGGCCUCAAGGAUAUGCUGGUCUAUCCUCAACUGGACAUCUAACAACACUAAUCCGUUAUUCAAUAAAUCUGAUUUAUCUAUCCUGUUUGGUUGUCAGAUUAUGCAAAGGCAUGGCGCA